UUCUACCGAGCAGAUUAGUUUUCACGUAACAUCGAUGCAUAAUUUUACACGGAGAAGACGUGAGCCAUCGUACUAUUGCUUACCUUUUCAAACUAUUGAAUAAACUAUUUUAUCAUUCUUUCCGCUCACCAAUUUCUCAUUAAGGAGCAAGGAACACACAUAAACAAAACGGGACAUGCACAAGUUUUAUCAGAGCGGAAAUGACCUUGGAUUUGUGCUAGUUAUAUCAUUUUAUAAAUAUUGGGCGCACUUAAUAUAAACCGUAUCGAAUAUCAAAACCUUUACCAGACAGGAAUUUCAAACAACAGCUCGUCUGAGCGUGAUAUACCAUCAUGUCGAACAAGGUAGACAAUGAAUAUAUAUUCAGAGCCAUUCACAUCGGCGACAUGGCAGAAUUCACAGACAUACUGGAACGUCAUCCAACGCUGAAUAUCAACAUUCAAAACGACGAAGGUGAAUCGCUAUUGAUCCAUUGCGUAAAGCGUUCGGGAACGAAAUGGACACCAGUUAUCGGGGGCGAAUUUCGCGCAAUAUGCAAAAUUUUGAUCAAGCGCAAUAUUGACGUUAAUCUACGCGACGCAUCGGGCAAAACUGCUGCGAAUUACGCGGCAGAGCUGCAGCAGUUGGAAAUUUUAAGGCUGUUGAUACAACACGGAGCGCAACUCGAUAGCGCAGUGUUGGACCGCGUCAUUGACAAGGAAGACUGGAUACUAGUUAUCUGCGCGUCAUUCGCCAAAGAGUCAGGACAAGGAAACGAACAUGUGAAUGGUGAUCAAAUGUAUGGAAGCACAAUGCAUCCGAUGGCUGUGCGAACUAUUUCCGGAGAUUAUCGAGAAGAGAAACGAAGAUUCUUUAACAGCGCUGCAUAUUGUGGUUACAGAAAACAACAUUGAUGCAUUGAAGAUUUUGUUGGAGUUCAAAACAGAUCUUGAAACGGUUGAUAACAACGGCCAUACUGCCUUGCAUUUUGCUGUUGACUAUGGUCAUACGGACUGUGUGCUGACCCUCCUCAAUAGUGGUUCACUGGUCAACUGUCAGGACGUUUCAGGUGCAACACCGCUGCACUAUGCUAUCAAUGCGGGCUCACAAGAUGAUGACGUCAUAAUCAAGCAACUGCUAAAGUUUGGCGCGUCUACGUCGUUGGCUGAUCGAAACGGUCGCUUGCCGCUUCAUUGGGCAGCUAAUUACGGGAACCCAACUGUAUGUGUAUCAAUGGUUGAAAAUGGAUCUCCCGUGAACUCGAGGUGCAAUGAUGGACACACAGGUACAAUAUAGCCCAGCCUUAAAAAUAUCUUUUGCUAACUCUAUAGAAAGAGUGGUUUGGAAUCGACAAAGUUACCCAGUAUAUAAACAAUAGUUUUGGUUCAAUUCUUGGUUUCAAUCCAGGUUUCCCCACAAAUCCAGAAGUACUUAACUUUUCAUUUGCCUUCUUCAGCUCUGCACAUUGCCGCGAGUCAUGGCCACGAGGAAUGUAUCCGAGUUCUGAUCACGAAAUGCGGGGCAGAUAUGAACAUCGAGGACAAAUAUGGAUACACGCCGUUAUUUAAUGCCAUCAUCACAAGACAUGUUCAGUGUGCAAAACUUUUAUUGCAACAUAAGGCUUUGCCAAACCACAGAGACGCAAAGGGCAAUAGGUAAACAAACACAAAUAUCUUAAGACUGAAAAGUUGACAACAGCCAUUUUUUUACUAUGAUCCAGUGGUUUUUUAUUGUUAUAAUUUUGCCUUGCACGUGUAAAACGGCCUUUAACAAAAACUUGACAACCGACUUGGAAUAAAACAAGAGCUGUAGAAAAACGUACCCUCAGGGGACACGAAUUUUGAUCCAUACUGCAAAUAGAUCGUGACAAAAAUAUGAAGGCGAGCAUAUUUAAUAGAAUUCGUUCAACACAUAAAGAAUAGAGCUCCAGUCAGAUGACUUGUAAAUUUAAUGUAACUACGUUUUCUAUCUCCUUUGCAAUAGAUUACAUAAAUUAUUUAAGAAAAUCUCCAGAGCAAAGAUCAUUUUGAGAAAGGUCUUCAUAUAGCUUGGAAUCACCAUUGAAGAAGUUGUCUGCCUUCUUGCAAUUCUUCACAAAACCUUUGCCUGCAAUCAAAAAGCUCACUCACACUCACUCAGUGUGACAUAUAAAUUUUGUUAUUAUUUAUUGAAAAUGAGUCAAGAGUUUUGAUUGGCCAGCAGCUGUUGGCGAAAUCGUCAUAUCCGCUCGGCAGCUGCCCAAAUUUGGACAGUGACGUCACUUCGUCGGAUAUGAAAAAAAUUAUUGCACGUUUGACGUCACUUCGUCAGAUAUGAAAAAAAUUAUUGCACGGUAUGACGUCACGCUAAUUUAUGCGGCUUGUGCCAAAACCUAAAAGCGGGAAAAUACGAAUGGCUUCAUCAAAGGAAAGGUUCAAUUUUUGCAAAUAAAUAAUAAAACAAUUAUUGAAUUCGGUUCUCGCAGGAUAUGAGGAAUUAUCAAGGCCUCGGUUUGUGUUAUCCGCCUCAGCCUUCGGCUUCGGCAGAUAACACAAACCUCGGCCUUAAUAAUUCCUCAUAUCCUGCUCAACCUCAUUCAAUAAUUGUUUAUUAUUAGUGAUCAAUGAGAAAGAUUAUUUCUUAAUCAAUGCAAAGAUUAGGGGAUGGUAAGGUAAAAUACAAAAAAUCAAUCCUUCAUUCGCGUGAAAAUACCGCCAUGAAAACGUUAUGAGAACAUUGCAAUCCCCCCAACUCAAUUAGCUUGAGUGGUGUGACUGAGCUUUUAGAAUCCAGGCGCUAAUCUUGUGUCACAAAAUGUCAGAAACUGAGUAUUCACUUCAAUAGCUUUGAUAGCUGACUGAAAACAGUCUGGCAACUGUUUUAAAAACAUCUUAAGAACGACGAGUUGUAAUCGUGUGACGUUUCUAAGCUCAUUUUAUAUGUUCUCCAACAGUGCAGCGCACCUAGCCUCAUCUAAAGGACUAAUUGAGGUAUUACAGGAGCUUGUUCACCACCAGGGUUCGCUUGAACACAGAAACAACGCCGGCGACCUCCCGUUACACGAGGCUGCCUUGUUUCAACGAUUAGAUAUUGUGAAGCACAUCAUUACAAGUCGAUGCGAGGUUGAUGUACGCAAUAACCAAGGCCUUACACCACUACAUCUUUGCGCCUCGGUAGGAUCAAUUGCUGUGUGUGAAUGCCUGUUAAAAGGAGGUGCUGAUAUCAACUGCAUUAAUACACAGUGUAAGAACGGACUCUACAAGUUCCUAACACCGCUUGACCUGGCGCGGAUGAACAAGCAUGCGGAAUGUGUAAAUUACCUUCAAAUCAACGGCGGUAGGAGUGGAGAACGGAUGACCACGGCUGCUUCAAGGAAAAUACAACGAUGGUGGAAAGCACGCAGACCUCCUAAAAUAGCACUGGGAUCCAAUAGGGAAUAUGCUGAGGAAUGUUCGGAGGAAAUGAUGGAAGCAACUCAGGACACACCUGAACGAUCUACCGAGGAGUAUAUUACGCAGACAGAAAACACGGGCGGACGGAAAAAAGAUGAAGAGGCUUCCGGGCCCAAGCAAGGUGAUGAUUUGAUUGACCAAAUAAACGGACAAGAGUCUUCUUGCAUAGACCGAUGUAAUCCUCCUCGACAAAUCAAGGGGACCUUGGACCAAAAUCCAUCCUUGAUAAACAGUGCAGAAAAUGCUGAGAAUGCGUUAAAGAGAGCUGAAGAAACAAGCACUUUAGAUGUAGAUGAUGAGUUGGAAACAACGUUCCCGGAGAGUAAUGAAAUUGAAGUUCACACCCCUGCUAAAACCAUGGAACCAUCGGCAGAUUUGCCAGAAAAUCAGCAAGAUUGUGGCGUGGUCCCAAAGCAGGCCGAUCAGAAAGAGAACGUUGAUGGGAUAAGAACAAAAACCGCUUCAAAACUAGAAACACGACAGGCAAUCAAGCAGCGUUUGAAAGAAUCCUUGGAAAAGGAGAAAUUAAGGAAGGAAAAACUAAGCGAGGAAAUUGAACGUUUGAAGAACGAUCUGGAAGAUCGUUGUCUUCGUUUGGAAAAGCGUUUAGGGGCAAUCCAACAAAAUUUGAAGAAACUAUAGGGUAUGUUUUUACGACUGUUGUAUACGACUUGCCGAAGAUAAAUAG